AUGUCCUCUAAUUACAGAGGAGAUCGUAGCAAUCCUGAGAACUAUAGCGCGAACAUUCCCGAGCACCUCAGCACUUCAGUCUACAUCCUUAACCUUCCCCCGAACUGCACGGUUAAUGAUGUCCUGAGCACGCUGAAGGGAACGGGGAAGAUCUGGGCAUGUAAUAUGAACCCUCCCACUGCUACCAUCGCAACAUCCGCCAUGAAAAUUGUGUGGUGGAACCGUGAUGGCGUCGACCGUCUGCUAACGAAGUCCCGCCGAGGAGAGUUCACUAUCCGAGGUUACGUGCCGGUUGUCAAGAUGAACCGUGUCCGUAGCGAUGCACAACCUCCCUCGAUUGAGUCCCGAGUCUUGCAAGUAACCGGCCCCAAGGAUAUUGUGAACCGGACGGUUCUGGACAAGGUCUUUUCCGACUUCGACAUCGCAUGGGACUUAGACGAGUUCACUAUUCUGCUUGAGGCAGAGGAUUUCCGGGCAGUCGAGUACAAGUUUGCCUCGUACCGGUGUCAGGCGGCGAGCGCAAUGCGAGCCAUUAACCGUCAGAAGAGUAUAGCAGACCAAGAGGAUGGGCAUGCCGCAUGGAGCCGCGUGUACGCCCAUUGGGGUGUCGAUCCAUGUGCCUAA